AUGUUUCUACUUAUCAUUCUCGGAGUAAUAUAUUAUUGUAGUUACCGAAUAUAUCAUCGGUAUUUUCUUCCAUCUCCAAACAUCGAUCCAACUGGAAAAUAUGUUUUAAUAUCCGGAUGUGAUACCGGCGUUGGCCAUCUACUAGCCAUCGAGCUCGAUAAACAAGGUUUUCAUGUUUUAGCUGGUAUACACAAUCUCGAUAACUUCAGUGCGCUAAGCGACAAACUCUCAUCACGAGCAACAGUGUUUCGUCUGGAUGUCACAAAACAAGAUGAAAUUGAUGCAGUUUUUCAAAUUAUACGGAGUAAGACAAAUGCUCUACACGCACUUGUCAAUAAUGCAGGCAUAGCUGAUGGUUACUUAAUCGAUUGGACAUCUGUUGAAACUAUACGUCGAGUAAUGGAUGUGAAUUACUUUGGAGCCGUCGCCAUGACGAAGACGUGUUUACCAUUAUUGAUUGCUAAACGUUCUUCUCGAGUUGUGAAUGUCUCCUCAAUAUCUGGUUAUGUAUCUUUUGCUGGAACUUCUGCGUUAUCAGCUUCAAAUCAUGCUCUCGAAGCGUUUUCUGACUGUCUUCGUCGCGAGAUGACACAGUGGGAUCUUCAUGUUAGUAUCAUUGAACCUGGAGCGAUGCGAACAGCUUUUAUCGAGAAUUUAGACUAUCGUAUCGAAAAUUUGUGGAGACAACUCACUAAAAUUGUUCAAGAUCGUUAUGGAGAUAUUUUCUUCCAUAAUACAGUAUUACAAGUGAAGAAUAGUUCGGUUAUAGUCGGUGCUGAGAAUCCAAAUAAAGUAGUACUAGCAAUACAACACGCAAUAUCGAACAGCAGUCCUGCAAUUCGAUACCGUCCAGGAUGGCAAUCAAAUUCGUUCUUUCUGCUUUCAUGCAUUUGUCCGACUCAAAUAAUGGAUUUUCUUUUAAAUCUGGGAGAAACAUCAAUUCCUGCUGGUGUUCAGCAUCAACUCUCCGAAUAG